CCACCACUGUUGCCCUGGAGGCUGGGCGGAGCUGUCGGCGGCCGCGCGGAUUAGCAGCCCCAGUAGCAGCCGCAGCAGCAGCAGGAAGAUCUAGCUUUAGGCCGGAGUGAGUCCGGAGACCUCAGAGACGGUGCAGGUCGUGGAUCGGAGGCCUCGCCAUACUUUUCGAGGCUGAGACGUCGGGCCGUCUCGAAGAAGUCGCCGAGAGCCAUGAAGAGAUCGGGUUUCUUGGGUUGGUUCAGAGUGCCGUAUCUGAUCUCUGUAGCUUGAAGGGUGCAUGUGACUAACCCUCUCCAGCCCUGGCGCUUCAGGAGCCUAACAACAUUGGAUUCUCGCUGGUUCUGGACACCCUUGAGGGGCCAUGAGACUAGCAGGUCCACUUCGUGUUGUUGUGAUCAUCUUGACGGCAGGACUUACCUGGAUCCUCGUCAGCAUCUUGUUGGGAACCCAGAGUGGCUUCUCUCGCCUGCAGCAGCUCCUCAGCAGUCCUGAUGGGCCUCCCACAGCAGGUUGGGACAAUUCAUUUGAUCAGAUCAGAGUGGUCCUGGCACCAAAUAGAAGCAGCAACUAUAGGCAUCACAAGCCCAGGCCCAAGAAGUACAAGUGUGGCCUUCCUCAGGCCUGCCCAGACCAGUCCUUGGCCUUCCGGAUCACUAGUGGUGCAGCUAAUGUCAUUGGGCCCAAGAUCUGCCUUGAGGAUAAAAUGCUCAUGAGCAGUGUGAAGAACAACGUAGGCCGGGGCCUGAACAUUGCACUGGUGAAUGGGGUGAAUGGAGAGCUGAUUGAUGCCAAGUUCUUUGACAUGUGGGCAGGAGAUGUGAAUGAGCUGUUAAAAUUCAUCCGGCCAUUGCAUGAAGGGACGCUGGUGUUCGUAGCUUCAUACGAUGACCCGGCCACAAAAAUGAAUGAGGAGACCCGCAAAAUCUUCACGGAGCUGGGCAGCAGCAUUGCUAAGGAUCUGGCCUUUCGUGACAGCUGGGUCUUUGUGGGAGCCAAAGGGGUGCAGGAUAAGAGUCCCUUUGAACAGCACAUCAAGAACAGCAAGAGCUCCAACAAGUAUGAGGGCUGGCCUGAAGCACUUGAGAUGGAAGGCUGCAUCCCACAGCGAACAGCGGAUGCCUAGUGAGGAUCGGUCUCCGUGAAGCCUGCAGCAUCUCUGCCUGUGUGGUGGGAGGAAGGUCUCUGUCCAUCUGCCUGUUGCCUUCCCACACGAUGGCAGCUGUCCGUUCUCUCCCUCUGUGGCAGCCUCUCCUGGUACUGCCUUAACUAGGCAAUCAGUCGUCGUCCCCCCGUCCCCCCCGCUCUAAAGAGUGUGCCUGGACCAGUCCCUGGGAAAGUGAGGGUGCUCAAAAAUGAUACCUCUGGACCAGCCCCCAACCCUCCUCUAGUGCCUUAUUUCUCUCUUGGGUCCAGGAUGUACUUCCUUUGCCCCUUUUCCUACGGCUGUGAAUUCUGGGAGCGAUUUGGUACCCUUGGCUGAGGUUUUAGCUCAGGAACUGUGCUCAGAAGGAAGACCAAUCUUUUUCUUUGAUAGUCGCUGUGGCUCAAGUAAAGGUGCGUGUGCUCUGUGUGUGUGUGUAUAUACACAUAUAUUGUUUAAGGACAAUCCUUUGAUAAACCCUUGAAAGUCACUCAAUUGCUGUUCCCUGCAAGGUAAUGUUGAUGCUUUCUUUGCUAUGGGAAGAGAAGAAGGAUCCGAGUCCAUCCCUAAGGCACACUUCUUUAUUUCUUUAUCCACAAUGGAGGUACUGAAGGCUGGAUACUCCCAUGUUUAAAACCUUGUGGCUAAAUGGCCUUUCCCAAUAAACAGUGUGUGCAACA